AUGUUUCAUCGGUCGUCCACUUCGCGCUUCCUGAAGGGCAUCUUCAAAGUCAAUAAGCCCCCCGUCACCGGGUACGAGAUCGCCGAACUGCCCAAUGAAAAAGUGCUUCAUGACUUCAUGCAGUUCUACCGCACAAAAGGGGUGGUGGUCAUUCUGCACAGUGGGGCCUCGUAUGCCGCAGCGGCUGCGGCCUCCUCUGGAGGGUCGCGCUCGCCCCUGACGAGUGCGUCAGCUGGCUCCUCUAGAAAAACUAGCGCAGCCGCGACAGCGAAGUCAACAUCAGCCUCAAAGCCCAAAACGGAACUACUCCAGGACCCUCUUACUCGAUCAUUCAUCUCUUCCAUCAACGCGAUGAACUUAGGCAAUCCAGAGGAGGUGAAGCUGGCCCUUGUUCCCGGGCCGCAAGCGCCGUGCUUCGUAGAGGAGUACAACGUCAUCACGUACCCGACCUCGUUUCUUUUCUUGAAUGGGCAAUGCAUUUAUCGCGUCGUUGGGGCGCGGACGCGUGAGCUGUCCAUCAAGUCCCUUUUCAUGCUGCGCAAUGGAGGGCGAAACAUCUUCUCGCGCGAAUAG